AUGCUAUCCCAAAUCCUUCCCGCCCACCUCGGCUGGGCAGCAUGGCUGCUGUUCGCCGUAGUGCUGACAGCAGCCGCCCUGAUCUACUCCUUCAUCUACGAAGACCGCCCAUACCCCAACAUCCCCAUCGUGGGCCAAGUGCCCUGGGAUUUCCUGAACAUGAAGACCAAAGAGCGCUUCGUGCGCUACGCCAACGAAGUCCUAGCACAAGGCCUGCUCGAACACCCCCACCGCCCCUUCCAAGUCAACGGCGCCAACGGCCCCCUCAUCAUCCUCCCGCCUCGCUUCGCCAACGAAAUCCGGCACGACCCGCGCCUCUCCUUCACCGGCGUCAUCGAACACAACUUCUUCCCCACCUACCCGGGCCUCGACAUCUUCUCCCCCAUCGGCCCCGGCAACGACAUCCUCCAGACCGUCGUCCGCAAGCACCUCUCCGGCGGCGCCGCGCUCGACACCGCCCUCACCCCCGCCCUCAGCGACGAGAUGCGCCGCGCGCUCGCCAGCACCAUCACCCCCCUCACCACCACACCCCACUUCCCAUCCUCCCCAUCCUCCCCAUCCUCCUCCUCCGCCGAUGCAACCAAAGAUACCCAGCAAUGGCAGCCCCUCAAAUUCUUCCCCCUCGCGCCGCACCUCACCGCGCGCGUCUCGUCGCGCGCCUUCCUCGGCGCGCCGCUGUGCCGCGACGCCGCGUGGCUCGACGUCGCGGUGCGGUACACCGUCGACGCCUUCUUCGCGGUGCGGGCGCUGCGCACGGUGCCGCCGGUGCUGCGGGCGGUGGCGGCGGGAUACGUCUUGCCCGAGAUGCGGGUGGUGCGGGAGGAGGUGGGGAGGGCGCGGGAGGUGGUGGGGGGGGAGGUGGAGAAGAGGCGGAGGGAGAGGUUGGAGAGGGGGGUGGGGAGGAAGGAGGGGGAAAAGGAGGGGGAGGGGGAGGGGGAUGCGAUUGCGUGGUUUGAUGAGGUGGCGGGAGGGAGGGAGUACGACAUCGUGCGGGAGCAGUUGAUGUUGAGUGUGGCGGCGAUACAUACGACGAGCGUGACGCUGGUGGCGUUGCUGUACGACUUGGCUGAGAACCCGGAGUGGAUCGGGCGCGUGCGGGAGGAGGUGGUGGCGGUGUUGCGGGAGGAUGGCGGGUGGAAGAGGGGGACGUUGGGGAAGAUGCGGUUGUUGGAUAGCUGUAUGAAGGAGAGCCAGAGGCUGCAUACGGUUGGAGCGCUCUCCAUGAACCGCCGCGUCGAGCAGGCCAUGACCCUCUCCGACGGCACCCAUCUGCCCCGCGGGGCCCUCCUCGGCAUCCCAACCCUCACCAUGCGCGACCCCGUCACCAGCUGCUGGGGCCCCACCGCACCGCACUUCAUCGGCGACCGCUUCCUCAAGCUGCGCGAGCAAUCGAGCGGCGCCGGCAACCGCCAUCAGUUCGUCAGCACCUCCGCCGACCACAUGGGCUUCGGUUACGGGCGCCAGGCAUGCCCGGGCCGGUUCUUCGCCGCCGCCCAGAUCAAGGUGUCCAUCGUGCAUCUGCUGCUGAACUUCGACUGGCGUUGGCCCGAGGGCAAGGGCCAGCCUCAGAGCGUGAUCCAGUCGGAGCAUAUCCCCGAUCCGGAGGCCGAGAUUUUGUUCAGGAGAAGGGUCCCGGAGAUUGACUUGUUGUGA